GGGCUGGGUUUUCCUCCCCAAGCCCUGGUGGCCCCCCGCCCAGUGUCCCUCCAGCAGGGCACACGGUGGCUCUCAGCGCCGCUGGGCCAGCCACAGCCACGUUGUCCCCAGCUCCACCUGUCCCCACCGAGAAGGGGACGGGCGAAACGGUGCCAGUCAGGCAGCAGCACUGCUCCUGAGCAAACUCUGGAGGUGUCCAGGGGGCUGGAGAACAUCGCUGGAGAGCCAAUUCCAGGGACAACUGUCCCUGCAGAGCAAGGGACCGUGCCCAUGGCACUUACAGGUCACGUCCCAGCACCAGGCGGAGCUUUGUCCCCACCAGUGCCACUUGUCCUUGCUGCUCAACCAGAGCUGGGGACAAAAGCGCCUUCCUCAGCCACGACCGGAGCGAGUGAUGCCCGUGAGUUGGCGCAGCCCUACGGCGCUGUCACUGCAGAGGGGACGCUGGGGACAGCGUGGAGCACCGUGCCACCUCCUGCUGCACCCAGCACGGGGACAUCGCCCCCUGCUAUCAGCGAGAGCCCCGCUGAGCAGCACGCAACCACCGUGCUCCUGUCCCAAAAGGCCACCCCGGAGCUGGACACGGCCACCUCUCCUCCUGCCACAGCAGCCAGCGUCUCGCUGGCCUCCCCUGGGGACACCAUCCACUCCGUGGAGCCACCAGCAGCCCUGGGUGGCCCUGUCACCGACCCCACUGCUCCAGCAGCCACCGGGGAUCCCCUCCAGACAGCCACAGAAGGAUCCAGGACCCCACCACCUGCAGUCCCCCCGGGAGCAUCCUCAGCAGCGAGCACCUUUCCUCCUGCCACUGCUGGUGUCAGCGAGGCUGCGGAGCCGGGGACACCAGCCCCCGGCACUGCUGGAGCUGGGCUGCUCGGAUCCAACCCUGCCACCCGUCCCCGUGCCACCACGCCGGCCCCGGGACCACCAGCCAUGGCACUGGAUGUCACCGCCACGGAGCACGUCCCCACCGUGCCAUUUCCAGCCCCGGGAAAGGCUGAGCUGGUGGCCGCUGCUGCCCUGCACACCGAGACCACACCAAGGGACACGGGGCAGGUCCCCAGCACGGCCCCUGCUGUGUCACUCCCUGGGGGUGGCCUCUCCCCUGAGCUCUCCUCUCCAGUCCCCAGGAUCCCCGUGGCACAGGUGGAUGGGGACAGAUCCCCUCCAGCCAGCCCCAGCGUGGCCACGUCCCUGUCCCUCGUGGAUGGAGCAAAGACGACGCCUUCCCUCCAGGAGUAUGGCACCGGGACCCCGCCAGCUGCCCUCGUUAGCAAAACUCCAAUUAGUGCAGCAGAGCUGGGAACAGCAUCACCAGCCAGCGGUGACACUACCACCAUGGCAUGGGAUGGCAGCUCCAGUGCCACCCCAGCUGCUCCAGGGGUGCCCAGGACACUCAGCACCCCUGGGGUACCACGGGCAGGCAUCCCGCAGGACAGCAGUGCCACCGCGGGGAUGGCAGAGGGGGUGUCCCCAUCCAGCAGCCCCCCGGAGGUGGCAUCGGGCACGUCCCCAAUGUCCCCAGCCACCCUGCUGCCAGCGCUGGGUGCCCCCACUGCCCGACCCUGAUGGCAGCACCACCGGGCGAGCAGUGGGGACCGACCCAUCGGGGACAGCUCCCAGCCAUGGAAUUGUCACCACCGGGCCAUCACCAGAGCCACCCACCCCGGGGAGCGACAUCCCCAAAACCGAGCCACCGACCAGCUUUCCCCUCCU